CCGUCGCGUCACGAACAAGACAUGCAGGCGCUGCUGCUGGCCGCUCUGGUGGCGAUGUCGGCCCGGGAAGGCGCCGCGACGCCGACGCCACCCCCGGCCGCCGCCCCCACCCCGCUGCCCACCUCGGAGACCGCCACUGCCGAAGCACACGACGCGUCGUCGACGCCCUCCACGGAGCGCAUCGCACGGCCGCCCGACUUCGUGCCCAGCCCGCAGCUCGAGCCAGGCUCCACCGGCGCAGACGUCGACGGCACCGGCGGCGGGUGGCAGGUGUCCUCGCCGCUGCGACAGCCUCCUCCAGAGGCCGGGAAGUCUGCAGCCGCUGGGCUUCCACAGCACACGGGCUCGGCGUCACACGCCGCAUCUGUCAGCCACCGGCUGGCUGACUUCUUCGAGGCACUGCCUCCGAAGCACCAGGAGUCGGAGUUCAGGCCGAUGGUGCAUCACCUCCUACAUGGGCCCGUGCUGCCAGAGACACCUGGCGGAGUGUCGGUGCACCAGGGCAGUGCGGUGCCCACGGAAGUGUCCGACCCCGUGGAGCUGUACCUGGACGCCAUGAAGACUCAGCUGCGGCACCAGAAGGACAGACCCCCAGUCACGGGCAGCAGCAAGUUCCACGGCGGGCGCGAGCCGACCGUCAGCGGUAACGACCACAGAUCUGUGAGCGAGUACCUCAAAGCGGCUCCAGCAGACUUUGCAGGGCUGGAGCAGCAGCAGCAGCAGCAGCAGGACGCCGACUUCCCGGCAGUGUGGGGCGAGCCCAAGGUGAGCGGCAAGCCGGUCCGCUUCGAGGAGGACGCGUCGGGGACGCAGGCGGUGGUGGUGGUGGGCGCCAGGGGCGGCGGGGGCGGCGGGGGCGGCGGGGGCGGCGGCGGCGCCUUCCCCUACCUGUACGAGCAGCCGGCCGGCAGCUUUCCUGAGGUGGUAGUUCCAAGCACUGUCGGGAAGAAACAUCAUGGCAGAAAGAAGAUUGGAGUGGCCAGGCCUUCACCCAGAAGCGGCCUGGUCCAGAAGGUGCUCCAUGCGCUGGCCGCCUUCAUCCCCCUGGGCCUCUUCCUGGCCAGCAUACAGCCGUCCGUCAUCACGGUCAACUCCAGCGCGCCUGCACCGGGCGCGCCCCGGCAGCGAUCGCUGGUGGGCGACUCUCCUGACGAGCUGCUGGCUGCCGGCGCGGGGGCGGACUGCGAGGCCCGGCUGCUGUGCGAGGCGGCGGUGCGGGGGCGGCUGGAGGCGGCCGACGCCCCCGAGCGUGCCCUGUGGCUGGCCGCGCACCGGACACCAGACAAGAUGGCACUGGCCUUGGGGCUGUACGACGUCUUGAAAGCCAUCCGUACUGGUACGUGCGAUCUCUACAGGUGCCGUGCGAUGCAAGACGAACCAUUCGGAAGUCCGACGUAAAAUUGCAGUUUUCUGCCACGACACUGGAUGGCCUAUAGUCACAGUGGCGGCAUUAGUGGCAGAACUGUGAACCGCCACACUGACCAGAGAUGAACACUAAAGGAGCGUCCUUCAGAAGUGUUUGAAGCAAAUAUGUAUCAUUCCAGCAGCGCCCAGUUCAGUAUUGAAACCUACUUAGAAAAUCUGUGAAAGUUUGUGGAACUCGCUGUGUUUACAACUGUAGAUCUUCCACUAAUGAACGGAUUCUAAGAUUUGUUGAGGAAUGAUAAAACUGAUGGUGGUCUGUUCACCACAUUUAGGAGGCAACAGGGCAAUCCCGCGGCCAAUUGGAGUGUGUGGCGCCAAGUUUUCGUCGUUUAAAAAUGGUGCGUUGUCGACCAACACAACAUUGCUAAUUUUGGUUACUACUGGAAUCAGCUAUCCAGCGUUAAAAUUUCGUGACACAAUUUUUCUCCACCCUGUAUAUUCGAAAAGCAGUUCACUUCAUAUUAGAUUUUAAUAAAAUUUAAUUUUAUAAACA